AUGGUGACAGAAGGACUUCCACAAAUGGUGAUCUUUCUCUUGGAUGAAGCUACGAUUGUAACCAAAGGUGCGAACUGUGUCAUCAGCCUUCUGGAUUACUUCUUUGACAAUUACGGGCUGAAGGAAGCAGAGCUUCAUUUGCAUGCAGACAACUGUUCGGGCCAAAACAAGAACAAUGCAAUGGUGCAAUAUCUUACUUGGAGGGUGAUCACGGGCCAACAUGAGAAAAUCACUCUCUCAUUCAUGCUGGCAGGACAUACAAAGUUUGCCCCCGAUUCAAUGUUUGGUCUAUUCAAGCGGAAGAAGCUCCCAUCAAUCAAGCCACUCCAUCACAUUGAGUGUAGGCGUGAUGGGAGUGUCAUUUGCAAGGAGAUGUCGGAGUCUCAACCAGUUACACACCGUAUUCUCAAAGUUGAUGCCACUGAUGUGCCUCACGCUAAAGCACCUGUUAUUAUUCCAGCUGGUCUCAGUGAUCAGCGCAAGGCAUACUUGCACAAGGAAAUUCGGGAAUUUGUGGCAGAAGAAUUCCAGGACUUGGUGUGCCCAGACCCAAAUAUUCUGCCUACUGUACCCGUACCCGAAGAGGAUAUGGAUGAAAACGAAAAUGUUGUUGCUGCUGCACCAGCUCCUGCUCGUGGAGUUGGAAGAGCAAGGAAAACCCCAAGAGGGCGUGCAAAACGUGUGCGACUGAACUGAAUAAAACGAUGAAUAGACAUUUUGAUUGAAUGAAUAUUUCAUGAUUGCAUUAAUGUCAUACUCUUUUUAUUUCGUGGUCAGCAUUAUUAAAAAAGUAUUAAACUCAUGGAAAAAUGUUUUAGAGGCUCAAUUGAUAGUUCAAAACAAAGAUGCAAUGCUUAAAUCAUCAAUCAAUGAAAUGUGCUUUUUAUUGCAUUAAGCUUUGAAGAC